AUGGACCCGAAGACAGCUGUCGCCAUUGGAGUAGGAGCAGGAGCACUAGUUGCUGCGGUCGGGGUCCCUGUUGUUCUGGGGGCCGUAGGGUUCACCUCAGCAGGAAUAGCUGCAGGCUCCUAUGCUGCUAGUAUGAUGUCAGCUGCUGCAGUCGCUAACGGAGGAGCAGUGGCAGCAGGAAGCACAGUGGCUGUUCUACAGGCAGCAGGUGCAGCUGGCCUGUCAGGAGCUGCUACUGCAGCCGUGUCCGGCAUGGGAGCAGCUGUGGGAUGGCUGGUCCGCCUCAUCAGUAAGAAAUCAGCCCCAUCCACAGAAAAUGACGAAAAUAAUGAAGAAAAAAAGGACAAGUAGAACGAUACAUUUAAGGAUAUGUUCUCUUUUGCCAAAAAAGGAGCCAGCUGCAAAUUGUAUUUGUUGAAUAACGAAACAACUUGUGACUGAAAUACGUUGGCUUUCUGCCUUUAAAUCCCAAUAAGCUCUUCAACACAUUGAUGGACUUCAACCCUUGUAUAUGUCUCUGGAUCUGGAGCUUCCUCUGGGAAAAGAGACAUCGCCACCCCAGCACAUACAGAAUUAAGCUCAAUGUAUUGUGAAUAUUAUUACAUAUGAUUUGUUAUUAUUUAUUCAUUGUGUCAGUAAAGUGAAAACAGUAAAGUGAAACGUCAUCCUUGUUGUUGUGCUAAAGGAGAAGUCUGUAGGCUUAAUUUUGCACUAUGAAUAUUUUUAGAAGAUUAAAUGGAAAUCCAUCCAGUAUUUGCUGAGAUAUUUCAGUCUGGUCUGUUUUUGUUGUGAACAAACAAUGCAAUAAAUGCAGUUAUGGAUAUGUUUA